AUGUCACCCGACUGGCAAUCCACCAUGUACGACACCCCAAAUCGAACGCGGUAUAUCUCCUCGGAAAUCAGGAACGACAACAAUAGCAUUAACACCUCAUUACCAUCGAGACUCCGUAUCAGCAACCCCGAUCUCGCUAAACAGAGCCUAGACGACACCGACAUGGAUAUCGAGCGCGGCGAACUAUCCCCCGUCGUGACCUCUACGCUCCGGACCGAACUUCCUUUAUCGCCCGAUAUCACCCCUUCUCCCACCAAACGAUGGUCCACCAGCACUUUGGGCCUGACGAUGGAAGAGACGAGUCCUACCAAAUCUAAACGAGGUUCACCACCUCAAGCCUUUCGAUUCGGGCUACCCGGAGCGACCGGCUCUACCCAGGAUCUCCAAGAGUAUCCUUUUCAUGCCCAGCCCUCCGAGGUUGAACUGGGAUACACCUCGAAUGCCCGAUUGUUCAACCCGCACUCGGGUAAUAUCUCGGUCGCUCAGCAGGAAAAGGUCGACGACCAUCUCGCUAUUCCUACCAGCAUCAAAGCCCGAUCAUUGACGGAGAACCUUCCCGCUCGAAGGACGCUUCGGAGGUACAUUCUCGUCUUGAUUGGAUGUAUGGUGUUCAUCGUCGUCGCCCGACUUUUCUCGGGUCUUCUUAACGUAGAGAGCAUGGGACGCCAUCAGGUGCGAUACGUCGAUACUCUCGGACGAGAUAAAGAUGGGUCUUCUCAGGGCCAAAUCGAUCUGGCCUCCACCAAGGUGAAAGCGACUCGUAUGAGUCAGCAGCAUCUUGCUCCUGAUUACCAGAGCGAUGCGGAGAAAGAGCUCCUGCAAUUCGAGGCCGAGAUGAGGAAAGGUUCAGACUGGGCCUGGAAACCGUCCGUCAAGGCUCAAGAAGGUCUUUAUCUCCUCGACGAGCUGGAAGAGGACGACAAUGACGCCCAUUUCCAGCGAUCCAGGACCGAGGAAGAGUACGAAGAGAUCGAGAGGCAGAUCAGCAAAUCCAACGUCUUUUCCUCGUUGACCUCGGUUCAAGCGCGAUCGAGUCGAGGUCGACCGGAAUCUCGACUCGAUGGGCUAAAGAUCGGCGAAGUUCUCAAGCUCAGGCAACUCGAAGAGCGGAAUCGGAUCGCCAGUCUCCGAGCGUUGGUAGCGUUCAUCGGAGGUGGCGCCGAGUUCCCCGAAAGUUGGAUUGAGGAGGGAGCACAGGGCCAAACGCUUACCACGAUGAUCGGGAAGGCAUGGGUGGAUGUGGAUGGGAAUGGUCUCGAACGUGGUUUGAAGAAGCUUUUGGGGAAGAGAGGGGCUUCCGAGGUGUUCCCUCGAGGUUGGAAGGCGGAUAUGGAUGAUCAUACCAAACUGGUCGUCUUUUCCAAGUCAUACUGCCCUUACUCGCGACACUUGAGACGAAUCCUGGACGAUUACAACAUCACCCCUUCGCCCUACUAUAUCCAGGUCGACCGACGAGAAGACGGUCCGAUCAUUCAAGCUUUGCUACAAGAAUUCACAUCCCGCUCUACCAUCCCUACCGUACUCCUCAAUUCGCAUUCCAUCGGAGGAUCCGACGAAUUACAACUCGCCGCCGCCGAGGGAAGCAUGGCCCGCAUCUUUACCCGAGAAGGCCUGCGCGUGACGAAGAAGUAUGAAUGA